AUGGACGGCUCUAAUGCCACCGCCGCUGCAGGUAACGGCACUGCUAUUAGCAAGAUUAGCGCUUCGCCAGCAACGUCAGCAGCGUCAGCGAAAAAAACCGCGCCGAAGCGCUACGUGCGCUCACAGAUCCCGAGGGAGAUCUUGGAAGAUCCCGCGCUGCUCGCCGCCAUGUCAGUUCUGCCGCCAAACUACAACCUCGAGGUUCCCAAAACCGUCUGGCGCGUGCGACAAGCGAAGGCGCGCUGCGUGGCGCUGCAGCUCCCCGAGGGCCUCCAGAUGUUCGCGACGACCCUGUGUGACAUUAUCGAGCGGUUCGGUGGCGCGGAGGGCUGCGUGAUUCUAGGAGAUGUGACUUACGGCGCGUGCUGCAUCGACGACGUUACCGCGGCAGCUCUUGGCGCGGAUUUUCUGGUGCAUUACGGGCACAGCUGCCUGGUACCGUUGGAUCAUACGGCCAUUCCUUGUCUCUACGUGUUCGUCGAUAUCACCAUCGACGUGCCGCAUUUCAUAGACACGUUGAAGCUCAAUUUCCCGCCAACUGACCAUCUAGUACUCGCUGGCACCAUCCAGUUCACAGCAGCAGUGCAUGCAGCCAACUCUGCCCUCUCAAGCCACUACAGAGGGAUCACGGUGCCUCAGGCCAAGCCGUCCUGCACCAUUCAGUUCGCAGCAGCGGUGCAUGCGGCCAACUCAGCCCUGUCAAGCCACUUCAGAGGCAUCACGGUGCCUCAGGCCAAGCCCCUGUCCGGAGGCGAGGUGCUUGGGUGCACCGCUCCCUCCCUCUCCUUCCAGCCAGUUUAUACCCUCUUCUCCUUACCGCCUCCCCUUCCCUCCCUCGAAUCCCCACUCCCCCUCACCCUCCCCCUUCCUCCUCCCCUCUUCCCCAUCCCCCUCCCAGGAACUAUUCAGUUCACAGCAGCAUUGCAUGCAGCGAAAUCAGCCCUCUCAGGCAUGCGAUCUGCUCGGCGGCUGGCGGUAACCCGGGCGAGCAGGGUGCGGGGGGGGCGGUGGGGUGUUGUGCAGGGUACACUCGGGCACCAGGGUAACCCACGCACUGUAGACCACUGCGUGAGUAGGAUCCGUGCUGCGGGUGGCACGCCGGUGGUGUUUCUUGUCUCGGAGCUGACUCCGGAAAAGGUGGCGGCUGCGGGGGUGGGGUCUGGCGGGAUGUCUGGGGCGAGUGAAACAGAAGCUGUUGGUGACGUGGCAGGAGCCGGUGCUGACGUGGCAUCAUCAGUUGGCGACAUGGGCAGGGCCCUCAGUGAGCUGUCAUUAGGAGGAGGAGGCAUGAAGCAGGACAGCAUAACAUGCACAGAGAAGGAGAGCGCAGACAUUCAGCUGGCAGAGCUGCCGCGGCGCAAGACGGAUGGGGCGAUGGUGAUGGAGCGAGCGAAACACGUCAUGCGCCUCAACGUCAUGGAGACCGGCAAACAGCUGCUCAAGCGAGGAGAAGGCAAGGUGGAGAGGCAGUACCGUAUGGGGUGUGGCGAGUGUGGGGUGAUGGUGGCGUAUAGGAGCGAGGAGAGCAUGGAGGGCGCCAAAUUCGUCUACAUUCCUGCUGACGCCCUCACUGACGCUACUGCCGACACCAAGCCCAAGGAUGCACCAGUGCCGCCCUGCAUCCAGGAGCUGGACAGCGGGUUGGUGCAGGUGGCAAUAGAGGUGGAGGAUAGGGCUCAACGCUCUGCUGUGCUUCGCAUCAAUGCAGACGAUGUGCGAGUGGCAGUGACAGCAGCUGCGCAUAGGGGCAAUGAGGCCAGUGCAGAGCUCAUGGAGUUUCUCGCCAAGGUGAGAUGGGGCAAUGAGGCCAGUGCAGAGCUGAUGGAGUUUCUCGCCAAGGUGAGAGACGGUGGUGUGAUGGCACUCCCUCUCACCACCAUGCCACUCUUCAGUGCCUCAUACAGGGGCAAUGAGGCCAGUGCAGAGCUGAUGGAGUUUCUCGCCAAGACGCUGGGGCUUCACCUGGUACAGCUGAGACUGCAGCGACGGUGGUCUCGCUCCUCUCUCCCCUUCGUCACCUCGCCAGCUUCCUUACUUCCAUCCCUGCCUCAUCUCAUCCCCCGUUUCCACCCCACCCCCACCCCAUCAGACGCUUGGGCUGGGCUUGGUGCAGCUGAGACUGCAGCGACGGUGGUCCCUCUCCUCUCUCCCCCUCGUCACCUCGCCAGUCUCCUUACUUCCAUCCCUGCCUCAUCUAAUCCCCCGUUUCCCCCCACCCCCACCCAAUCAGACGUUGGGGCUGCGCCUGGUGCAGCUGAGACUGCAGCGAGGGUGGUCGCACAAGUCCAAGAUGCUCAUGGUACGUGCAGGGCGGUUACCGCCAUGUAA